AUGGAAGGUUUACAUAGCUUUAAGAAAGAACAUGCCAAAUGCCCCGGAUGUGAAAACUUCGACCAUUGUACAGAUUGUUAUUCUGAAAAAUUUCUACCUGUUAAUAGCGGGAAUUUAGAUAUCGAUAAUUUAAUUAAAGCAACACAUGGAAAUAACAUUCGAUAUAGGUUAGAGUGGAUCCCAUUUGAAGAUUUUACGGAUGUCCAAGAA